AGUGGAGUCCACCAUGAGGCCUGGUAGUCGGGUCAGGGCUGCCAAAUGCCAGAUGCUGGCCACCAGCUUCUUUGUCUUGCUGCUGGGCUUCGCUGUGGCCACCGUGGCAGUUCUCACAUACAUCGGAGAUCAUUUUGCCAUCAUGAGCCAUGUGUCAUUGGAGAGGAACCCGUAUGAUGCCGUGCACCACUGGGCCUUCUAUGUGGGGAUCAGCCUGGCAGCCCUGUUGAUCCUGGGGGCCUCCCUGAGCACCACAGCUGCAGUGAAGGAGGCCCAGGGCCUCAUGGCUGGGGGCUUCCUGUGCUUCGUUCUGGUGUUCUGUGCCCUACUGCAGCUGGCCUACUGGAGGUUCCGCAGCCCCACCCAGGUGGAGGAUGCCAUGUUGGACACCUAUGAUCUUGUGUAUGACCAAGCAGUGAGAAGCCCAUCCAGCAUUCACAGGCAGGAGCUGGCUGCUAUCCAGGACACAUUUCAGUGCUGUGGAAAGAGAUCUCCUUUUGGAAUUCUGGAGAACUCCGAAGCUGACCUGUGUCAGGGUGAGGAGGCUGCAAGAAAGGACUGCCUGCAGAGCAUCCAGCACUUCCUGAGAGCCCACCAAAGCAUCAUCUCCAUGUUAACCAGUGCCGGCCUGGCCCUCACGGUAUAUGCCAUGCUGCUCAGCUCCUUCCUCUGGUUUGCCAUCCUCUCCAGUUACCACUUGGACCGCAAAGGCACAUACACAGUGAACCCACGAACUCAUGGCUGCCAGCCCCAGGAGUCCAGCCUCUUCAGAUGUUCCCAGGGAGAGACCAAUACCUCAACAUUCCUCUGAAGCAGAGACUCUUGCUGACUAUUAGGACCCAGGAGAACACUUCGCUGUCCUCUGUGGCCCUGGGACUCAUGCUCUGUUCCAGCCCCCUGUCCUGCCACCUGUCUGAAGACAUAGCGGUGAAGAUACCUACCAGGCAGUGGCCCUCAUGUGACUGAUCCUUAAGGGAGUUGUCCUCCACAUAGUGGGGCCCAGAAAAGGGGAGAAGACUCACCAAGCACGCAGACUCCCUGUAGAGUACAUGUCAUCCUGCAGGGACUAAGACAGGGUGAAGGAGAUAGGCCAAGCAGUAGGGAACUCAGGCAAACCCAGCACUGGGAAGGAUGCUGUCUUAUUACUGCCAUCACGGCACUUGUUCUCUAUAUUUUGUAACAAAUAGUACACACAGUGGCUUAGAGCUGCACUUAUUCACUCUGUUAUGGUUUCUGGGUCAGAGUCCAGGUGUGUUGGGCAGGCUCUGUGUUCAUGAGGCCAAAAUCAAGGGGACAAGAAGACUAGGCCCGAUCCAGAAGCAGCCAGAGGUGGGGGUUGGGGGGUGAUCUUCUAGGACCACUCUGGCUCUUGGAAAAAUCCAGUUUCUUAAAAAAAAAAAAAUCCAGUUUCUUGGAGUUGCAGAUCUGACAUCACUUGUUACUUGCUGGCUUCAUCAAGGGUCUCUCUCUUGGCUCUUUGAAGUCACCCCAUUCCUCUCUGCGUCCUCUUCACCUCCAGAUUAAGGAGGUAGGCUAAAAUGUCCAUAUGGGAGGAUCCUUGUGGUUCAGAUUCUAUGACUUCUGCCAGCUGGAAAAGCUCUCUUCCUGUGAGGCCCCUUGAAAAAUUUAAGACCACCCAAAUAAUCUCCCUAUCUGAAGGAGAAUCUUUUCUUUUAUAUUAUGAUCAAAUACACAUGACCUAAAGUUUCCAUUGUAAUCCAUUAUUUAAGGGCACAGUUCAGGGGCAUUAAGCCACCACUGCUGUCCAACUCCAGAACUUUCUCAUUUCCUUCAAAUGCUAUAGCUCUCCUUAGAGGCUCUCAUAUGUGUGAAAUCCUGUAAGGUUUGCCCUUCUGUGGUUGGCUUGUUUUAUUACAUAGUGUCUUCCAGAGCCAUCCAAAUUGUAGCAUGUGUCAGAACUUCUGUUAGAGAAAUUGUAUCGGAUUUACAGUGGUCUCACAGUCACUUGUUCUAAGGGUUUAAGGCAGGACAUGGAAAAGGCAGAGAUUUAGAAAUCCUGUCUUAGCCAGGCAAGGUGGCACA